AUGGGUUCCGUCCUCCAAAAGAAGAAGCGCCGCUCCGGCCGCCAAAAAGUCAAGAUGCCCAACCGGCCCAAGAAGCUCCUGAACCCGCUGGGCAACGACAUCAUCGCAAAGAACUGGAACAAGAAGGAGACCCUGACGCAAAACUACCGCCGCCUCGGCCUGACGGCGCGCCUCAAGGCCCCGACGGGCGGCAUCGAAAAGACGCUCUCCCAGGUCGAGGCGGCCAAGGCCACCACGUCCGUCAGCAAGCCCCGCGACCCCCUCGCCAUCGCCUCGACCGAGGAGGCCGUCUUCGAGGAGGCCCGCGUCGAGCGCGACGAGAACGGCAAGAUUGUCAAGAUCCACUACGGCAGCGACAGGCGCAACAACCCGCUCAACGACCCCCUCAACGCCCUCGACAGCGACGCCGAGGAGUCGGACGGCGCCGGCCAGGAUGAGUGGGGCGGCAUCGACGACGAGAGCCGGCCCGAGGUCAUCCGCAUGCUCGAGAAGGAGGCGGCGCAGCCCACGGUCAAGAAGCCCAGGCACAUGAGCCAGCAGGAGCGCGAGUGGCUCGAGAGGCUGGUUGCGAAGCACGGCGACGACGUGGCCGCCAUGGCGAGGGACAGGAAGCUGAACCCCAUGCAGCAGACGCAGGGCGACAUUGCCCGUAGGAUCAAGAGGCUUACGGGGAAGGCUUAA